GAGACGAAACGCCCUCACCAGGUUCAUUACGAACUUAGCAUUAAAUUGACAAGACGUUCAUUUUUUUCUCUUACACUUCGUAAAAAACUAAACUCAAAAUGGCCGAUGAUGAUGUUGCCGCUCUCGUCGUAGACAAUGGAUCUGGUAUGUGCAAAGCUGGAUUUGCUGGAGAUGAUGCUCCAAGAGCUGUCUUCCCCUCAAUCGUCGGACGUCCCCGUCAUCAGGGAGUCAUGGUUGGUAUGGGACAAAAAGAUUCCUAUGUUGGAGAUGAAGCUCAAAGCAAACGUGGUAUCCUUACCUUGAAAUACCCAAUCGAACACGGAAUCGUCACCAACUGGGAUGAUAUGGAGAAAAUCUGGCAUCACACUUUCUACAAUGAACUUCGUGUCGCACCAGAAGAGCAUCCAGUCCUUCUUACCGAAGCUCCAUUAAAUCCAAAAGCCAACAGAGAAAAAAUGACACAGAUCAUGUUUGAGACCUUUAACUCACCUGCUAUGUAUGUUGCCAUCCAAGCUGUCUUAUCCUUGUACGCUUCUGGUCGUACCACUGGUAUUGUCCUCGAUUCUGGUGAUGGUGUCUCCCACACUGUCCCAAUCUACGAAGGUUACGCCCUUCCCCAUGCCAUCAUCCGUUUGGAUUUGGCUGGACGUGAUUUGACCGACUACAUGAUGAAAAUCUUAACCGAACGUGGUUACUCAUUCACCACCACCGCCGAACGUGAAAUCGUUCGUGACAUUAAAGAAAAACUCGCCUACGUCGCCUUGGACUUUGAACAAGAAAUGCAAACCGCUGCCAGCAGCUCGAGUUUGGAAAAAUCAUACGAAUUACCUGAUGGACAAGUCAUCACCAUUGGCAACGAACGAUUCAGAUGCCCAGAAACCCUUUUCCAACCAUCCUUCAUUGGAAUGGAAUCUGCUGGUAUCCACGAGACCACUUACAACUCCAUUAUGAAAUGUGACGUCGACAUCCGUAAAGAUUUGUACGCCAACACUGUCUUGUCUGGUGGUACGACUAUGUUCCCUGGUAUUGCUGAUCGUAUGCAGAAAGAAAUCUCUGCCCUCGCACCACCAACCAUGAAAAUCAAAAUCAUUGCACCGCCAGAGCGAAAAUACUCUGUAUGGAUUGGAGGAUCCAUCUUGGCUUCUCUCUCAACCUUCCAACAGAUGUGGAUCUCCAAACAAGAAUACGAUGAAUCUGGCCCAUCCAUUGUCCACAGAAAAUGCUUUUAAGCUCCUUGAAGUAAAGGUCCCGCCCACAAACAACAGGGCGGUAGACUAGAAACUAACUUGUCAUUUUGUCACCUAAUUUUGACAUUUUUCAAAAAUCCAUCUUGUAACAGGCUUUUUGUGCACAACUUUGUAAGCCUUAUAAUUUUUGUAAUACAGAUAUCCACUAAAAAUGUAAAUAAUUUAAUAACGGGAUUGUUAUACAAUAACGAAUCUCUCAUAAUAA